AUGACGAAGUCUAUUUCAUCAUUACUUAUUAUUCUUAUCUUCUUCUUCUUCCUAACAGCUAUUGUUGAAGUAACUCCUAAUGCACAUUUUGUUCGACCAUAUACUGAAGGUUUUCAAUCACAUUGUAGAAAUCGUGCUGCUGCAUCAUCAUUAUUCAAUGUUCUACAUCCCGUUAUUCUAUUUAAAGGAUGUAUUGAUUCAUCGGAACCGUUUCAAUGUCCUCAAAGUCAACAAUAUAUUGCUCUCCAAUUUAUUUGUGAUGGUCAUCCAGGUGAUUGUCCUGAUAAUCUUGAUGAAAAUGAAGAAACAUGUAUUGCAGCUAAACAUCCAGUAAAGGAAAAUAUUGAAAAAUAUCUUCAUGCUGCAUAUACAUUUCUAUUUGGCGAAAAACUUUCGAGAAUGUCGAAAAAUAUUCAUAGUUUUGCUGAAAAAACAUUUAUGUCAUCAGGUGAUCUAGCACAUUUUCGAAAUAUUUUUCAAUUAAUUCAUGAUGGUCGAUUAGAAGAUAUUCCUUUGUUUGCACAAGAAGCUGUUAAUCAAGGCCUUGCAGCAUUAGUUGAAAAGCUCUAUGACUCGGGAUUUAUGGAUUAA